CGGUUUUCCGAAAAUGGCCGAGCGCAGAACAGCCGCUUUCCGGAAGAUCCGGGUGCUGCGGCUUCAACAACAUAAACAGCAAUGGCGGAGGCAGCGGCAGCGUCAACAGCGGCUCCAGCAGUUAUCGGAGGCUGGACGAAGCACGUAACCUGCAGGUAUUUCAUGCACGGGCUUUGCAAAGAGGGCGACAACUGUCGAUAUUCACACGACCUCAGCAGCUGCAAGCCAACCAUGAUCUGCAAGUUCUUUCAAAAGGGAUGCUGUGCUUUUGGGGACCGUUGCAGGUAUGAACAUACUAAACCUGCCAAGCAAGACGAAGUCCCUAGUUCUAAGCCGCCGGUGCCGCUGACCGCUGCUCCGCUCGCUGGCACUCCUGAACCCAUGUCUGAUGGGCCAGGUGGUACAGCCGAUGCCCAGGAGAAGCCCCAAGGCUUGGGGGCAGUGGACUGGGUCAAUGCUGCCGAGUUCGUGCCAGGGCAGCCCUACUGUGGGAGGGCUGAUCCAGUGCCGUUUGAGGGGCCUGGACCUCUCAUCGAAGAGGAGUACGAGAAAGAACUAGCUAACAAAGAAAUUAAGAAACAGCUUUGCCCGUACGCUGCUGUUGGCGAAUGUCGAUAUGGCGUCAACUGCGCCUACCUCCACGGAGACGUUUGCGACAUGUGCGGCCUGCAGGUUCUCCACCCUUCUGACUCCUCUCAGCGCUCGCAACACAUCAGGGCCUGCAUUGAGGCUCACGAAAAGGACAUGGAAAUCUCGUUUGCCAUCCAGCGUAGUAAAGAUAUGAUGUGUGGCGUGUGCAUGGAGGUGGUGUUCGAGAAAACCAACCCCAGCGAACGCCGUUUCGGCAUCCUCUCCAACUGCAGCCACUGUUACUGCCUCAAGUGCAUCAGGAAAUGGCGGAGCGCCAAGCAGUUUGAGAGCAAGAUCAUAAAGUCCUGCCCAGAAUGUCGAAUCACGUCAAACUUUGUCAUACCAAGCGAAUACUGGGUGGAGGACAAGGAGGAGAAGCAGAAACUCAUUCAGAAGUACAAGGAUGGCAUGGGGAGUAAACCAUGCCGAUAUUUUGAUGAAGGCCGUGGGACCUGUCCAUUUGGAGCCAACUGCUUUUACAAGCAUGCCUUUCCUGAUGGGCGUCUGGAAGAGCCUCAACCCCAAAGGAGACAGACCGGCUCCAAUGGAAGAAACCGGAACUCCAGACGGACGCCACUCUGGGAUCUUUUCGAUGAGCGAGAGAACAGCGACUCCUUCGAUAACGAAGACGAGAUGGUGACCUUCGAGCUCAGCGAGAUGCUCCUCAUGCUUCUGGCUGCUGGAACCGACGAUGAUGUCACCGACUCCGAAGAUGAGUGGGACUUGUUCCACGAAGAGCUGGACGAUUACUACGAGCUGUACCUAUAGCAGGCCUCCUUCCGUCCUUCGCUAACGCCCUCCUAGACUAACCCUUGUCCCCAUUUACUCUAGUUCUAUCCCUAUUAGAACCUAGACAGAACUGUCUUGUGUGACUGAUGGGCAGUAGCGUCUUUUUUCCCCUGUGUUGUGGCAGUGCCUUUCAGCAGGCCAUUCAGAUUCAAUAAAUGAAUAUAAAACACA